GCUUUUAGACAGAGUCCAACCUUGCUUGCUCCUUCUAUGCGCUUCUCCUUCUUCGGUCUUAGCAAUUUCAACGCAGCCAUAACCACUCACCAACAUGGCCGAUUCCAGAGUGGAAACAAUUGCCAGAUUAGCCCAAUGGAAAAUCGACAACUUCGGACCCUGUUCCUACAAAAAAUCCGACCCUUUCAGGCUCGGAAUUUGGAACUGGUACUUGUCCAUCGAGCGGAAUAGGUAUCUCUAUAUUCACCUCUUUCCAGAACCUUCAAGAGUUUCUAAGGAGCAGCCACCUGUUGCACGUUUCAUUCUACGUGUCUCUAACACUGGCUCUACCCGCAGAUUUUACAUUUCCCCUGUUCAUGAGAGGGUGCUUAGGACAUGUGAUGAUUUUGUCUGGCCUGUGGAUACUACACUAAUUGGGCGUAUUGUUAUCGAUGUUGAAUUUCUUGACCUGAAGAUCUGCCCUCUGAAUGGUGGAGAAGCUAGAUCUAUAUGGCCAUCUGAUGGAAAACUGCAAUCUGUUGCAGCUCAAAGCACUCUUCGAUGCCUCUCUCGCAUGCUUGAUGAUGCUAUACAUGCUGACCUCGCCAUUAUCACUACGGAUGGGACCCUGAGAGCUCAUAAAGCAGUUUUGUCUGCAAGUUCUCCUGUGUUCCAGGGCUUGUGUGAUCAUGAUGGAGAUGAGAAAGAGACAUCUAUGGUCCACAUGGAAGAUAUGUCACAAGAAUCGUGCAUGUCCCUUCUGAGUUACUUGUACGGCACUAUAAAACAAGAAGAUUUCUGGAACCACAGGCUUGCGUUGCUUGGAGCAGCCAAUAAAUAUGAGAUUGGUGAUCUGAAAGAUGCCUGUGAAGAAAGCCUACUGGAAGAUCUUAACUCAGGAAAUGUUCUGGAGAGGCUAAACGAGGCUUGGCUUUACCAGUUGCACAAGUUAAAGAAAGGAUGUUUCACAUUCUUAUUUGAUUUUGGUAAGAUACAUGAUGUUAGAGAUGAAAUAAAUACCUUUUUCCGUCAUGCUGACAGGGAGCUAAUGCGGGAGAUGUUUCAGGAAGUGCUUACAAUUUGGAAAUAGGUUGUGUGAAACUCUUGGCACCAUUUUGUCUGGCAAAUCAUGGAUCCUUUUGAAUAAUCAUGUUUUUACUUUUUAGUAGUAUAUUAUAUUAUGAUGUAUAGUAAUACUAAUGUGCCCCCCUCUUCAACAACCUUGCAGUUAAAAUGCCAAAUGAGGGUGUGCGUUAUUCUGUAUAU